AAACUCAUCUAGGAAAGUUCGCUUCUUUUAACAUUCAAGAUAGAUUGUGAGAUGCAAGCUUCAGAAGAAGUUGAGGUUGAAAGAAUGUCAAUGAUCGGAUGGGCAACACCAGAUGCUCAAUGCGUGGAGGAGAAAAAUAAAAUACAGUGGAAAUUGGCUUCAAGCAAUUGAACAACUUCAUCUUUUGUAGGGAUAAUGUAGUUGCUCACUUCUUGAUUCAAUUACCGUUGAUGAAGUUCAAGGAAAAGAAAAGAGCCAGAAGAAACAAUCCUAUCAGAUGGAUGCAUGCACAUGGAGAAGACACAUGCAUCUUUACAUUCCCAAGGAUGCUUUGCAGGGUUUGUCUUGCAAAAAUCUUCAAAGGGAUCACCACUUCGUGCAGCAGGCAUGCCAGGCCACUUGCUUGCUACAAGAUGUGCCAAAUCAACUACCCUUUGGCUACAAAUAUCCAUCAUAUUACUGUUAGUAACUGGCCACCACCUUAACCAUGUCGUCUCCCAUUACCAUGGUUAGUGAAGUGUUAAUGUUAGAAGAAACAUCGCUGCACCUGAAGUCCAUUGACACAAAAGGAACAUCACAGACGGUCAAUAUGCCUUCAAUGGCUCCUCAGCUGCCUUUCUAAAGGCAGCAUUGACAUCCUCAGCUGUAAUCCCCUUCUCAACAUUCACAACAAGGCUAACAAUUGAAAAACUUGGUGUUAGUGCACGGAGUGCAAUGCUGUUGAGCUUGCAGUUGAGCCAAGGUAGAACAAGACAGACGACCUUGGCUGCACCGAUACUUGUUGGGACCAUGUUCGAUGCUGUUGGAACUUGGAAUUCAUUUGGAAUUCAAAAUUCUUUGAAUUAGAUCAAGCUCUAUAUCCAAGUAGUAUUUUGGUCAGUGCAAGUACUUAGUCUCCAAUUUAUGAAUAGGUCGUUGUCAUUGUUCCCUUUACAAUUCUUGCAUAUUAGUUUCAAUAAAGUCAAAGAAAACUCAUAACAAGGU